AACUUUUUAAAAUAACCUCACCUUCACUGUUUACUGAUGUUAGUGGACUGAGUGUUGUUUUUUUUUUUUUGGAUAUUACUUUUUACUUUCUGGACAACUUAUAAUUCAAAGAACGUAUACCUGUUUAUCAAUAAUAUUUGAGAGUAGUCGGCAAUCAUAAGACGCUGUUUCUACAGUUCUGAAUUUCCUUAGUUUUUGAGUAAUUUGAGAGAUGGACCCAUGUUUAUUACAGAAGACUGUUAGGGACAAUAGUACCGAACUUCAAAACUUUAUGUUGGAUCUUAAAAAUUGGGAAGAUGGUGCCAAAAAAAAAGAACAUAAUAUUAUUUAUGGUGUUGAUAAAAAUGAAAAAGACAAGGAAAAAGAAUCUGUGACAAGGGAUGAUGUUACAUAUGUAAAAACAACAUUUGAAGAUGGUUGUCGUCAAAUGAAAAACAAAAAAUGGGACCUUGCAGAGAAGUCAUUUAGCAAUGCUAUUCGAAAAUAUAGCAAAAAUCCAUCAUUUUUCAUAAAACGGGCAAAGUGCUACAUCAAACUGAAGAAGCCUGAUCAAGCUGAAGAAGAUUGCACGAAAGCCCUCUCCAUUGAUCCUAAAAUUUUUAAAGCAAAACUUCAGCGAUCUCAAGCUCGUGAAAUGAAAGGCCAUUUAAGGGGGGCAUGUUUGGAUCUGCAAGAUAUUCUCAUUCUAGAUCCAUCCAAUCAAGUGGCAAAAAAUGCUUUAAACCGUCUAAGACCGCUAUUUGAAGAAUCAUUGCAGGAAGGAGAUUAUCAUCCUUUUGAAGAAGAAGAGGUUUCUAAUAAGACUGGGAUAGGUGACUCAAUUAUUGAAUCCUUAGCUGGAACUGAAGAUUAUGCUGACGAUUCUUCAAAUGAGGAAAUGAUUCAACUUGCAAAUUCUGAAAAAGAAAGGGGUAACCAUUUUGUAAAGUUGGAGAAAUGGAAAGAUGCAUUGGAAUCAUAUUCCAAAGCAAUUGAAUAUAAUCCAAAUGAUCCCAUAUUUUAUGCGAAUAGAGCCCUUUGCUAUCUAAAAACCAAAGAGGAGCACAGAGCUAUUUUAGAUUGUUGCAUGGCUUUGAACAAAAACCCAAGGUAUGUCAAAGUAUACAUGAGAAGAGCUGCAGCAAAGAAAGCUGUUGGUGAUUUGUGGGGUGCACGUUAUGAUGUGAAACAAGUUCUUAUAUUAGAACCCAACAAUAGUCAAGCCAAAAGUGAUUUGGAAGAAUUAAAUGUUCUUAUUGAGAAAAAUAUUCCUCAGAAAAGAAAAGUGCCUUUCUCACCAGAUAUAAAAUAUUGUCCUAAAAAAGGAAAAUCAGAGAAUAUUUCAAUUAAAGAAAAAAAAGAAUUCAAUUAUGUACUAGCAGUAAAAAAACCACCACAUCUCAGAUCAAAGAAGCCAUUACAAAGGAUUCCUAUUAAAUUUAUUGAUGAUGACCCUACUGAAGGAUUGAAAGAACCUGUGCUGAAUUCUCGUUUGAGUAAUUCUGAAUUUCUAGAACCAUCAAAAAAUAUUAUUAACAAAAACCAUGAUAUAAUAGAAGAGAGUCCUAAAAUGUUGCCACAAUUGGAUAAGAUUUUAAAGAUGGAGAAAAAGAAGAUAAUCGAAAUUAAAGAUGAUGAGAAACCAAGUCGAACAAACCAAAAUCAACUUACCAAAGAAGAUUUAACUUCAAAUGGGAUAACCAAAUCUAAUUGUCCCCCGAAAGAUUUUCAAUAUAUUUUACCAAUUAUAAAGAAACCGCAUUUACGAUCAAAGAAACCACUUCAGAGGAUUCCAAUUAAAUUUAUCAUUGGAUAAAUACUUAUGAUUUAUCUCUCGACAACGUGAAAUCCACUAUUGUAGUCUCCUUAAAUCUCUGAACAUUAUAAUUAAUAAAUUUUUAUGAGUUUUUUUUCUGUACUCAAAUGAUGUUCAUUGAGGCUUUUUAUUGAUUGUGUUGAAUUACCUAUUUGCACCAUGUAACCUAUUGCUGAGCAAUAAAAUUAUCAUGCUUCUCACAGCAUGAACGUUAUACAGAACAACAAUGGCUAAUAUUUAAUUAGUUAUCUUUGAUGGUUUUUAUAAAGGAUGAAUUCAACAAACUAGGUAUAUUUUUAGGUUUUCAUCUUUUUAUAUUCAUUUAAUAAGAACCGAUUUGUAAAAACAAAGAUUCUAUUCCUUUAAUAUUUGAACAUCCUCUUAAAGAUACCAUCAUUGUUGAAAUCCCCCUAUGCCGAAAACAAAACCACUCAGAAAUGUUCUCCUAAAUAAUAAUUGAAUAAUUGAAUUGUUGGAUUCGUCCUUUUAACAUAACACUAACAUUAUUAUAUUAAGUGAAAGAGUCUGUUUUUUUUUUUGUUUUUUUUU